UAGAUGCCAUUUGUCAGAGAAAUCCUGAAAUGGGCUCCUACUUGAAGGUCAAUCUCCUCACAAAAGAGACCAGAACCAUAAAAGCACAUGAUGGGACGACUAUGCAAAAAAUACUGGAGAUUGUGAUAGGAAGGUUACGAGCAAUAAACAAACAAUAUUUUGCAUUGCAAAUAACAGAUACAUUACCCGAUGGUUCGAAGAUAGCCCACUGGAUUCCCAAUAAUUAUACCCUCCCUGAUACCAACCAAAGAUAUCCUCCAGCAGACAAAGACAGGCCCUGGGAGUGGAAUCUAAAGAUACGGUUCCUCCCCAACAAUAUUCAGAAUCUCGCAGAGUCAGACAAUGUUACAUUCACCUAUUUUUACCAGCAGGUAAGAUUGGAGUACUUUGAAUUAUUAGCAGAACAGAUGGACAUAGACACAGCAGUGCAGCUUGGUUGUCUAGAGAUGAGACGUCAGUUCAAGGACCUCAGUCACGAGGCACUCAACAAGAAAUCCAAUAUUAAUAUGCUGGAAAAUGAGAUAGGAUUUGAUAAGUUCAUUCCACGCUGUAUUUUAGAUCGUGCCAGAUCACGAGAAAUAAAGAAGCUUAUCCAGACGAACCUCAAACAGUUCUCAGUCCUGACAGAAAAUCAGUGUGUAUACAAGUUCUUCGAGAUAUUGUCAAAAGUAAAGCACAUUGGUAUCAUGCCCUUUUAUGUUAAAAUGGGAGAUCUUGAGGACGCUCAGUCAAUUGAAGUACAUGUGGGUCCUCUACAUGGAAUUUCCUACAAACUCGGAGAUACUCAGGUGCGGAUAGACUUUGACAGUAUACAGGCAAUCACAGUCGAGCCCACUUGUACUUAUCAGACGCGGGUGAUACUCAUGUAUUUUAUCACUGGAGUUAUUCAAGAAGAGCGGUUGGACCUAUUUGCACCGAGCGUGUACACAGCCCUGGAGCUGGCCUCUCUUGUCGAUGGGUACUGUGUGAUCAACACCGCCAACAAAACCACCAGGAUCACUCCCGACUCUGAAGGAGCUCCUAGGUCGUUAAGAACGAAAGGUAUCCAUCCCCGGACCCACUCCAUGUACAGCACAAACAGGCACAGUUUCAAUGGUCCUGGAUCUCUCGGCCUGGGUAUUCCUAACGAUCUUCAGAGACGCAGUUGUUUUGAGAUGUCCGGAUAUGAUAAUUCUGAUAUGGGCCCUACCUUCGUAGAGGAGGAGCCUGACUAUGCUCAAGCAGAAAACGAUGAUUGGUUCCUUCCUCCGGAGGAUCUAAAGAUAUUUGAUGCAAUUGGAGAAGGCCAAUUUGGCACAGUCUUUAAAGGGCACCUGAACAUGCCGGACUGCGCAGUGCACACUGAAGUGGCGGUUAAGACCCUCAAAGAGGAGUCCUCAGUAACCGACCGGGACAAGUUCCUUGCUGAAGCGUUCACUAUGAAGAAGUUUGAUCACCCUCAUAUUAUAACUCUGCUGGGGGUGGUGCAGGAGGAUAGGAAACCACCCUGGAUUGUUAUGGAGUUAGCUGAGCAUGGUGAACUAAGGGGGUACCUACACAGACGGGGUAGUGUUCUGACGAUCAACACCCUCCUCAUGUUCACGGAGCAGGUCUGCAACGCUCUAGACUACCUGGAGUGCGAACACAAGGUGGUUCACCGUGACGUCGCCGCACGCAACGUCCUCGUCUUCUCCGACGUGGUUGUGAAACUCGCUGAUUUCGGUCUGUCCCGGCAUAUAGAAGAGGAGGGAUAUUAUAAAGCAUCUAAAGGAAGACUCCCGAUAAAAUGGAUGGCUCCAGAGUCAAUAAACUUCAGAAGGUUUACCAAUGCUAGUGAUGUGUGGAUGUUUGGUGUUUGUAUCUGGGAGCUUUUUAUGCUCGGAGUGAAACCUUUCCGAGGAAUAAAGAACUCUGAGGUUAUCAGUAUGAUAGAAUCUGGACACAGACUAGAACUUCCAGCCAAAAUGCCGGGUCCACUCUACCAACUAGUUUACAAGUGUUGGAGCUACGAACCAAGCGACCGACCUACCUUUAAGAACAUGACAACCUCAAUCAGGCAGCUGAUGGAAAGUUACAGCGACGGUGGGUCUGGUGCAGGUAACGCGCUCUUACCGCCAACUAAACCACCACGACCCCCUCACUUCCCGACCAGCUCAUCAAGAGACAGCUUCAGAUCGACAGGAGCCACAACAGUCAGCACUAUCAGUGACAACGUGAGACAGGAGGACCUAGCCAGGAACCUGGAGGAACAGAGAGCCCAGUCCCGAGCUGAUGGGUUGUGGCUGAGAAAACAGGAGAGUGAAAGUAGGCAUUCCUUUAUCCCUCCUCAAGAACCUAUCCCGCAGUUAGGUAGCGCUCCGAGCAAUGUCUCUGUUGUUAAGAAGAGGAUAGCACUCCCUCUGAACAUCGACCGUACUCAUGACGAGGUCUACAAGGGCUUGACGGCUCUAGUGCAGAAAAUAAUGGACAUUAACCAAAUCUUGGAAAAGGUACGAGCAGAAGAUUUCUCGGGUCUGAUCGGUCAAGUUGGGACGAACCUGCGGAAACUGCUGCAAGCCACUGAUACCGAGUGUUCCAGAAUAUCGGAACAGGGCUCUAUUGACAGAUCACAGGUGGAUAUGGCUCAGAAAGUGAUGAUAGCUGAUAUGAAAGACGUCAUCGAAUCUAUGCAUGAUGCAAAGCAGCUUUCUUCUACCACUAGAGACCAACAAUAUCGACAGAGACUGCUGCUGAAAGUAACCACGUUAGCUAAAGACGGCAAAUCGCUCCUUCAAGCGGUGGAUUACUGUCGUUCUCAAAGCAUGCUCUACUCUCCUAACAUCGACCGGUCUGCUUCUGUCGGCGACUCACCGAUAUUCAAGGCCCUGGAUGCUAGUGUUGCGUGUUUAUCUAAGAAGCUCGGAGGAGAGACACUCGGAAUUGGACCCACCCUCGGAGUCAGCGGCCCAACCCUCAGAGUCGGACCAACAGCGAGGAACCUGAUGGGGGUCCAGGAUCGCUGCGCUUACUCUGUCGACCUCUCCCGCAUCAGAACGGAGGGGUUGCUGGAUGGGCAAGAGGCGAUGUUAAGAAGACAGUCUGCUCCUCCGCCCACUGAAGGAGCGUCCUCCUAGUGACACGUGGGCGCCUCUUUUUACUCUCCAAGGAAUGUAUCGAAAAACUGUGUAAUAGUCGGUUGAUUUUAUUGCUUUUAUCUCCAAAUUAUGAUCAUGAUUGAAUAAUGAACGUUGAACUGCGUGGAUUAGAGACGACGUUUUUACGGUUGAAUUUAUGAAAAUCGAUCUCUACGUUAAAAGGGUCUUUCUUAUCUUAAUUAUGAUAAUCCUUGCCUGAGUUGGUGUGUUUUUAAAUCCAUAAUCCAUAUUGACGCUUGUUGUUAGGUUGAUUUGAGCAUCCACUGUUUGAUCAUAGAAUUUUCAGUUAAUUGUCUGAAAUUUUAUCAUGUUUUAUGUCAGUCCCAAUGAUUAAUAGUACAGGUUUCUGUAAGGAAGUAAAUACAUAAAAAAAGGUAUUUUUACCGAUAGUUCACCUGUUUCAGCAAAACUUGUUAAAGAUAGGGAAUAUUUUAACCCGAAACUUAAUACAUUUUGUCUUUUCAUUGACUUUACAUUUCGUGACUAGACUGACGUUUCUUUGAACAAUUUUAGAAUUAUUUUACGUUUUAUAAAUCAAUUCUGUUCUGCAAGAAAGGUACUCGAUGAACAGCAACUCUGAUCAAAAUCGACCCAGCGAAUGUAAAAGUACCAUGAUUCUUAAUAAUUGAAGUGGAGUUGCUUGUUUGAUCAAGUUUUGGUUGGAGAGUUUGAUUUUGCGGCAUGCUUGUUUCCAUGGCUACUAUAAUAACUUAGUUUGAUAUCCGUCUCUGCGAGUAUUUGUUGUAUUUACCUAUGCCAAUUUGUUAAGAUUUUGUUUUGCAAAUUUAUUUAAACUUAUUUUUAUUUUUCAUAAGCUUGAGAACUUACACCAAAUCUAAA